GCCCUGGGGUUUCUUUCUGGUUGCUUGUUCCCUUCCUGCAUGGAGAAGCUCUGUGCUAGGGGCCUGACUUUCCUUAGGCCUUGGGGAAAGCGCUUUUGCAUUAGAAAGGAUGUUCCAGAUUCCAUAGUGCUGCAGAACUUCCCUUCUUAGUUACAGCCAGACAGGAAUUGGGGGCUGGAAGCUCCCAUGCCCAGUGAGAUAUGUGCAAAGUAGAUGUUUGGUCUCCCUCUUGAAUGAACAUACAGAAAGCACCCACUGUGGGAAGACAUGUUGAAAGGCAUUAUGACAAUUCAGUUGAAAAUGUGUGCCGUGCCCAUCAACCCGGGUACCUGGAUGGAGCAGUACAGCGAGGCUUUCCAUCAGCCUCCAGGCCUCAUGAUUCUCCAGCUGCUGCUGCCUUACCUUCAACUGUACAUGGGUGGCUUGAAUCUGGAGCGCCAAGCACACCACCUGCUGGCACAGCUGGAGGAUGGCAAGUCCAGUGAGGCAGAGCCUGAGUUCCAGGAGGCCCGGGGGCUAGAGCCUCAUCAAGGAGCUGCUCUGGUGGCCAGUGAAGGAGCAGCACCAUCGCCAGAGGCAGAGCUUAAGUCCAGUUCCCCCGAGGUCUCUGCUCCGAGCUCCACAGUACCUCUGUACAACCAGCGAGUGGGAGACAGCUGCUCCAUUCAUGUCCAUCUAGAAAAUCAAAGACGAAUGGAGUAUAAGAACAUCGUGGUGACCUGCCAGGAUAGGGCACCCGCGGUCAUACGCAGGGCCUUACAAGAACAUUUGCUCAAUGAGGAGGAUCCAGAGGACUUUGAGCUGCUUCAGAUUGUGUCGGAGCAUAAGAUGCUGAGGAUCCCUGCUGAUGGCAAUGUGUUUUAUGCCAUCAAUCCCCGCGUGGACUUUGAUUUUGUCCUCAGGAAAAGAGUCACCAGGAAGUGGACCAACAGCAAGACAAAGGAGUUCUUGGAGUCCACUUCUUUGGUGACUCCCAGGAUACCACGAGCUGUGAGCAGCAGCUCUUCAAUGGCAGCCAGACCACUGCCCCAGGCCACUGAAAGCAAGGACUCCAGUACCAAUAGUGUCACCAACAGCAGUUCCCUACUGCCUCAUUACAACAAGCAGGCAGAAGAGAGCAGCUUCGUCCAGGUCCACCUGGAGGAACAGACCAGGAGGGACUCACAGCGCAUCCUGUUGUCAGAAUCAACUUCUGAGGCCUCAGCCAUGGAGUGUAAUAUCAGCCCAGCCUCCAGUCACAUCUCUUCUCAAAAGUCUAGGCCCAACCCGACGGCCACAAAACACAUGAAGAAAUCCAGGGCCAUCGGAUACAUAACGGGCAGAUGCUCAUGGCCCCAGUCUAAGAAACAGGUGAAAGACAGCUGCCUCAUAAAUGUCAGACUGGAGCACCAGAGUGCAAAGGAUGGCAAGACUGUCCAGGUGACAUGCAACGACAGGGCUCCUACGGUCAUUCGCAGGGCCCUGGAACAUCACUUGCUGAUGCAGGAGAAGCCACAAGACUAUGAACUGGGACAAAUCAUCUCCCAACAGCACAAAAUGAAGAUUCCAAAGAAUGCCAACGUCUUUUAUGCGAUGAAACCACAUGUCAGGAGAGACUUCAUCCUGAGAAAGAGGACCUGUCCUCAGGAUGAAAAGGAUGACUGGAUCCCUCCCCAACCUCCCUCUUAUGAGGCAACUCAGGGACUUUCGGACAUGGAGUACCUGAAGUCCAAGAUGGUCGCUGCCGAGUCGUCCUCAGAGGAGGAGAGUGAGGAUGAAGCAGUGAACUGUGAUGAAGGGAGUGAGGCAGAGGAGUCCUCCACCACCGAGACCCAGCAGACAGAGAAACCAGCAAACAAGAAGGAGCCCACCACCUCCCACACCGUGAAGCUGUGGAGAGCCCUGUUCAGUGUCACAGAGAACGAGGAGGAGGAGGACCUGGCUGACUCCAGGAGGCUCUUUGUGCGCAACCUGCCCUACGCCAGCACCGAGGAGGACCUGGAGGGGCUCUUCUCCUCCUAA